GAGAUGUGGCUGCUGCUGCUCGCGCUUCUGCUGCUGCCCCCGGCGCCCGGGUCCUCGGCUCCCAGGGUGAGGCGGCAGAGUGACACCUGGAGCUCCUGGGGCAGCUGGAGCCCUUGCAGCCGGACCUGUGGAGGGGGUGUCAGCUUCCGGGAGCGGCCCUGCUACUCCCAGAGGAGAGAUGGGGGCUCCAGCUGCGUGGGCCCCUCCCGGAGCCACCGCUCUUGCCGCCCCGAGAGCUGUCCCGAUGGCGCCCGCGACUUCAGGGCGGAGCAGUGCGCCGAGUUCGACGGCCAGGAGUUCCAGGGGCGGCGGUACAAGUGGCUGCCGUACUACGGCGCCCCAAACAAAUGUGAACUGAACUGCAUUCCCAAGGGGGAGAGCUUCUACUACAAGCACAGGGAGGCCGUCAUAGACGGGACACCCUGCGAGCCUGGCAAACGGGACAUCUGCGUGGAUGGCAACUGCCGGGUUGUCGGCUGUGACCACAACCUGGACUCGUCGAAGCAGGAGGACAAGUGUCUGCAGUGUGGUGGUGAUGGCACGACCUGCUACCCCGUCACAGGCGUCUUUGAUGCCAAUGACCUCAGCAGAGCGGUGAAGAGCAUCCGUGGUGAAUACUACCUCAACGGGCACUGGACCAUCGAGGGCGCCCGGGCCCUCCCUGUGGCCAGCACCGUCCUGCACUAUGAGCGGGGAGCUGAGGGGGACCUGGCGCCCGAGCGGCUCCACGCCCGCGGCCCCACCUCGGAGCCCCUGAUUGUCGAGCUCAUCAGCCAGGAGCCCAACCCUGGCGUGCGCUUCGAGUACCACCUGCCCCUGAGCGCCCCCCGGCCCGGCUUCAGCUGGAGCCACGGCUCGUGGGGCGACUGCAGCGCCACGUGUGGUGGAGGUCAGCAGACCCGCCCAGUGUUCUGCACCAUCGACAAUGAGGUCUACCCCGAACACCUGUGCCGGCACCCGCUGCGGCCGGCCGACCGCCGCCCCUGCAGCCCUCAGCCCUGCCCACACACCAAGCGCUGGAAGACGGGGCCCUGGACGCCCUGCUCAGCCUCCUGUGAGCGUGGCUCCCAGUCCCGUACCGUCUACUGUGUCUCGUCUGAUGGUGCCGGCGUCCAGGAGGCUGCUGAGGACACCGAGUGUGCGGCCCUGCCUGAGAAGCCCCCUGCCACGCAGGCCUGCAACCUGCAGCGCUGCACAGCCUGGAGCGCGGAGCCCUGGGGCGAGUGCUCUGUCAGCUGUGGUGCCGGGGUCCGGAGGCGGACUGUCACCUGCCGGGGUGACGAGGGGUCUCUGCUCCACGCCACAGCGUGCUCCUUGGAGGACCGUCCCCCCCUCACUGAGCCCUGUGUGCAUGACAGCUGUCCCCCACUCAGUGACCAGGCCUGGCACGUAGGCGCCUGGGGUCUAUGCUCCAAGAGCUGCAGCUCAGGCACUCGGAGGCGCCAGGUGGUCUGUGCCAUUGGCCCGCCCGGCCACUGUGGGAGCCUGCAGCCAUCCAGGCCUGCGGAUGUGGAGCCCUGUAACACGCAGCCCUGCCAUCUUCCUCCAGAAGUCCCCAGCAUGCAGGACAUGCACACCAGCCCCAGGGACCCGUGGAUGUCUCUGGGCCCACGGGAGGCCCCCGCCUCAGAUUUCAGAGACCAGUGGUGGGCACCCCAGGAGCAACCCUCAGCUCGGGGUAACCCCAGAGGCAACCAGAGUCCACACCUGCCAGCCCCGGGCCCAGCCCCGUCUCUGCAGCAUUCCUCACACCGGCAGCCCCUGCGGUCUGGCUUGGGGCCCCGUGACUGCAGACACAGCCCCCAUGGGUGCUGCCCCGAUGGCCACACUGCGUCUCUUGGGCCACAGUGGCAAGGCUGCCCGGGGGCCUCAUGUCAGCAGAGCAGGUUCGGGUGCUGUCCUGACGGGGUGUCUGUGGCCGAGGGGCCCCAUCAGGCUGGCUGUGCAAGCUCUUAUGGACACAGCAACACCGGGAGCAGGCCACAGUCGAGAGAGGUGGCUUCCAUGGUAAGUACCUAUUUCCAACUUCCCAACCUUGGGCUUCCUCCCCAGGCCCAGCAGAAUGAGCCCAGUGAGUGCCGGGGCUCCCAGUUCGGCUGUUGCUACGACAACAUGGCCUCUGCGGUGGGCCCUCUUGGGGAAGGCUGUGUGGGCCAGCCCAGCUACAGGUACCCUGUGCGGUGCCUACUGCCCAGCGCCCAUGGCUCCUGCACGGACUGGGCCGCCCGCUGGUACUUCGUUGCCUCCGUGGGCCAGUGUAACCGCUUCUGGUAUGGUGGCUGCCAUGGCAACGCCAAUAACUUUGCCUCAGAGGAGGAGUGUGUGAGCAGCUGCCGGGGACCCCAACAUGGGCCCCGCCGACACGACCCUGGGGCCUCUGGGCAAAGCACCCAUAGAGACAGUGGCGGCAGCGGUCCUGGGGACCAGCAGGAGGCCAGCCGGCACGGGACGGGGCCUGUUGUCCAGAGAAAGCCCUUGCCUUCCGGUGGCCCCUGGUGGCAAGAUCAAGAGCCUGGGCCGGGGGCCGUGGACCACAGACAGGCCUUUGGAGAAGGGCCCCAGGGCCAGGAGCUUGGGCCCAGUGCUGCUGGACUGGGCAGAGAUGCAGGACCACCAGUGCCACCUUCCCACAGCUCCUCCUACAGGAUCACCCUGGCAGGCUCAGAGCUCUCCCUGGUACAGGUGGCCCUGGGGCAGCUGGUGCGGCUCUUCUGCCCAGAUGACAGCUCCCUGGACCCCCACGCUAGGUGGCAGAAAGACGGGCGGCCCAUCUCCUCUGCCAGGCACCAGCUGCAGCCCGAUGGCUCCCUGGUCAUCAGCCCCCUGCGGGCAGAGGAUACUGGCACCUACAGCUGUGGCAGCACGAGGCCAGACCGUGACUCUCAGAAGAUCCAGCUUCGCAUCACAGGGGGUGACGUGGCCGUGCUUCCUGAGGCUGAACCAAGGCACUUCCCUCAGGCCAGGGACCCAGCCCAGGACCACAGUCCUCGGGACCCCAGCCUAGGGGGCAGUUCUGGGGGCCGGGGGGCCGUCUCCUCCUCACACCCAUGGCCCACGAGCAGGCUGCGUCUGGACCGGCACCAGCCUGGGGUGGUGGACGCCCAUCCAGGCCAGCAGAUCCGGCUGACCUGUCGUGCCGAGGGCUUCCCACCCACAAGCGUCGAGUGGCAGAGAGAUGGGCAGCCCCUCUCUUCUCCCAGACACCAGCUGCAGUCCGACGGCUCCCUGGUCAUCAGCCGCGUGGCUGUGGAAGAUGGAGGCUUCUAUACCUGUGUUGCAGUCAACGGGCAGUACCGAGACCAGCGCUGGGUCCAGCUCAGAGUUCUGGGGGAGCUGACAAUCACAGGGCUGCCCUCUACGGUGAUGGUACCAGAAGGUGACACGGCCAGGCUGCUGUGUGCGGUGGCGGGCGAAAGCGUGAACAUCAGAUGGUCCAGGAAUGGGCUGCCGGUGCGGGCUGAUGGCCACCGUGUCCACCAGUCCCUGGAUGGCACACUGCUGAUCCACAACCUGCAGGCCAGGGACGAGGGCUCCUACACAUGCAGCGCCUACCGUGGAAGCCAGGCGGUCAGCCGCAGCACCGAGGUGAAGGUGGUUCCGCCGGCACUGGCCACCGUGCCGAGGGACCCUGGCAGGGAGUGCAUCGACCAGCCGGAGCUGGCCAACUGUGAUUUGAUCCUGCAGGCCCGGCUCUGCGGCAACGAGUACUACUCCAGCUUCUGCUGUGCCAGCUGUUCCCGGGUCUAGCCUCCUGCACAGCCCAUCUGGCAGCAAGGAUACAACUCACAGGGCUGGGAGAAGGGAAGAAAGGCUCUCGGUCUCCCCUGUCUGGCUGGCAAAGGGAGUUCUCCUCCGGAGACACUGGCCUCUUCAGAGCUGCUCCAGCAGUUGAGCACCAGCGGCAGCCUCCCUCUGUAG